AUGUCGUUCCUAAGGACCAUUGUGGCGGUGUUGUUGGUUGUUUUCCCGUUAACUCCAGACCGUACGGCGACAGGGUGGGACGGCAAACGAUUUGAAUUGUGCGUGACUUCGAGAAGGAGAGUUGCAGACCUCUCCAAUCAAAAUCUUACAUCCUUUCCCUUAAAUCUGCCAGACACCACGGAAUACUUGGACGUCUCUCACAACCCCAUCCAAAGUAUCAGCGCAGACGCUUUCCCCCGGCUGCCUCUGUUGUGUUUUCUGAAUGUGACUCAUUGCGGGCUCAGGGUGAUCUCUCCUGGUGUGUUUCAACACACUCCUGGCCUUCAACUUCUGGAUAUGUCCUCCAACGAACUCACAAUCAUCCCUGAUAUCUCACUGCCACGAUUGACCGUGUUGGAUUUAUCCGAUAAUCUCUACGAGGCCUAUCAGCUGCCGGAUUGUUUUCAGAACCUUGCAAAUCUGCGAGUGCUGUCAUUAGGAAGCAAAGCGGCUCUGUCAGUGAAUUUAAAUGACUUCAAACCUGUGACGAGCAUCCCCUUGGAGCAUUUGGUUCUGGGUGCAGGAGUUCCAUGGCAAAAGUAUGAAUCGGGAGCGCUUGGGGUGUUGUCCCUGCAGAAGUUGUCGCCUUUCACUAACUUCUGUGGGCGUUUCAGUUUGUUUGACAACCUCCUCGUGGAUCUGAAUGUGACACGGGCGAGUGCCUUGAGGUUCCUCACCGUGUUUUCUGACGAUUGCAACGUGACCGACGACCCCUUCCAGAACCUGAGAUCAAUGCCCUAUGUUCGAAACCUCACCAUAGAAAACACUUGGCUCAACAGCUCGUUCAUGGAGAUAUUCUUAAAGAACCUUUGGCUGUCUUCUUCUCAGAAUAUCUCCUUUAUCAAUGUCACAUACAACGAAGAUACACCUGAUGGUUUACAGUUUCAGUUUCAUCCCGUCAAUCACAGCAUUAGUCUUCGCUCUGUAACCUUUAAUGGAGUAAUACAUCAUCAAUACAAGUAUCCUACAUUUAACAUGAGCUUUGAUGAUGUUUCAAAUGUGAACUAUGUGAAAUUUUCUAGGAGUGGAAUGAACAUUUUACCCUGUAAACUCUUAUCUGUCCUCCCAACAUUGGAAACCUUGGACGUGUCAGACAACCUCCUGAGCGAUUUGGGUUUCUGGUGGCCUCCGUGUUCCAACACUUCAGUUUUUCCCAAACUGAAGCACCUGUUGUUGAGCAAGAACCGUUUCAGCAGUUUGUCUUUCAUCUCAGGACAGACACAUAAAAUGAAACAGCUGGAGUCCUUGGAUUUGAGCUUCAAUUCCAUAUACUUGGAUGUCAGCUGCAAAUGGCCCGCUCACUUGACUGAGCUCAAUCUCGGGAAUAACAAUCUGGGCAACAAAGUUUUUGAGUACCUGUCACCAAAUUUCCAGCGAAUUUACUUGUCAAAAACGGGAAUAACUGCCAUAAACCAAGAGGACCUGUCUCGGUUUCCCAAACUGACACACCUCCAUCUCAGUGCUAACAGCGUCCAAGUGCUCCCAGAACUACUCGAUGCCCCAAACCUCAUCAGUUUCUUCGUGGACCGGAACGCGAUCACGGGUCUUUCUCGGUAUGUCUUUGCGGGAUUUCCGAAGCUUCAGCUCCUCCAAGCUGGGAACAAUCCCUUCGUAUGCUCAUGUGACCUCCACUGGUUCCUCAAAGACUUUAACAAGUCUUUGCUCUUGGACUGGCCCUUGGACUAUUCAUGCAGCACGCCGAAACAGUUAAAGGGCCUGCCAUUGUCCGAGUAUAAAACCAGUGUGAUCUCGUGCGAAAUAUGGCUCCAAACAACAGUGGCUUUCUCGGUGUUACUAUUAGUCGCAACAACCUUGGGCCUGCUUUUCUACAAACUGGAUGGUGCGUGGUACACAAAGAUGUUAUGGGUGUGGAUCCGGGUGAAGAGGAGAGGCAAGAAGCGUUCGUAUUUGCUGAAGAAUAUGUCAUUUUCUUACCACGCGUUCAUCUCCUACAGUCAUCGGGAUGCCAAGUUUGUGAGCAGCGAACUGGUCCCCUCCUUGGAGAGCGUUGGGAUUUCACUGUGUGUUCACGAACGUGAUUUUUUACCUGGCGAAUUCAUCAUAGACAACAUCAUCAACUGCGUGGAGUCCAGCUACAAAACCCUCUUCCUCCUCUCCAAACAUUUCGUCCAGAGCGAAUGGUGCAACUACGAGCUGUUCUUUGCCCAGCACAGAGCCAUCAACAUCCAAGAGGACUCUUUGGUGUUCAUCCUUUUGGAGCCCAUCCCCACCGACUGCCUGCCCAAAAAGUACUUGCGACUGAGGACUUUGCUCCAGCAGCAGACGUACCUGGAGUGGCCGAAGGACGAGUGCAAGCAGCAAGUCUUUUGGGCGAGUCUUAAAUCCAUGCUGCGUAUGGCAGACAAAUCUGUGGUUUUGAGGGGGGUGGCUGUGGAUCUUGCAGAUACAGCACACCUACUUCCCAAUCAGGCUUAG